CCUGUCAUGUGGCUCAGAUAACUGCGUUGUUUGGAGAACACACAAGCUAAUUACAAAACACAUUGACUAAUUUACUGUAAAGUCAAUUCGGUAGAGUUAAUUGAGAAGGCAGGUUUGUCAAAAUUCUCUUUUUCUAUCAAUUAAAUAGCUUAUUUUAAAGUGUAAUUACAUAUUUUUAUAGAUAAAUGGAAAUGUUACUUUUCGUGUAUUUGUCUUCAAUAUUCUUAUUGUUGACAGCUAUUGUGGUAACAAAAAGAUCCAGGAAACAGCGGAAGGUUACAAUGGGCGGAUGGGUGAGCUACCUUCUCUGGGGAGGUAACCCCGACGAGGUCAACCCAGUGUCAGGGUUGACCAGGCGCGAGGUGUACGCGGUACAGAAGUCUUGGGCACCGGUCUUCGCGGACUCCGUAGCGAACGGCACUGAGAUAUUAAAAAGAUUAUUUAAUACAUAUCCAGAGACAAAAGAUUUCUUCAAGAUGGUGAAGAAGUUACCAGAGUCGGAGUAUACUCAGAACAUGCAGUUCAAAGCGCACGUCAUCAACUUAAUGACUUCCCUCAAUCUGGCUAUUACCAACCUUAACCAGCCGGAGGUAGUCGCUGCAAUGAUGCAUAAAAUCGGUGACAACCAUAAAAGAAGACAAAUCAAAGAACAACAUUUUCAUGACUUGAAGAACGUACUCGUCAAGGUGUUUGUGGAAGUUCUAAAGUUGGACGCGAACACAUUGAGCGCUUGGGGCAAAACCGUAGACUUCUGGUACAAGCACAUAUUUCCCGCGCUAAACGAACCAGAGACAAGAUAACAGAUAUUUACUGGUCUUUUUUAAAUGUUAUUUAUAACAACUAUGGACUAAUCCUUAAAUUUUAAAACCUACCGCUAAACCCGUUGAAAGAUUGUAAACAGCAUUUUUUUAUAACUUU